CGUUGCGCACCCCGUUUGCGCAUGCGCCAUUGCCUACGUACGUCUCCCUAGGCCCUGCCCUCUAGGUAGUAGUAGCAAUAAUGCAGCCGACUAGUGUCUGGAUAGUUGUUCUACUGGAGCUUUGUUACUGGAGGACACUGGGAGUGCAAGGUCUGAUCAUCUCCCUCAAUGGGCAGUCCAUUGCAAAUAACAACAAGUCGCGGAUCAGUGUCAAUGACUUUGACGUCGUAGAUGGAGAUGAUGAUUUCAGCAGUGCUCUCAGGUGCCAGUCUCAACUGACAACAGCUGAUGUCAAAGACACUACCAAUGGGUGUCUUGUUGGUGAUGGAGAUAGUCCAAUCACCUGUUUUUAUCUACUAUCACCACAUCGAAUAAGUAACAGUGGUGAACCUGAACGAGGAUGGAUAGCAAGCAGACGAACUGAAAAUGGGCGUAGAGUUCUCUAUCUGACUAGAAGGACCCGAAAUGCAGAAGAAGGAUAUUACAACUGUGACAUGUCAGGGGACACCAAUCCCCUAUCAGGACUGUACAUCCUCUACCCCAUCACUGCAGUAACUGCAGCUAUUGAGGUGGAGGAAGGAACAUCAACAUUCAGAGUGAGGUGUACCUCCACUGGUGGCAGAGCUCUGAACAUGGCUGUCACUGGACCUAAUGGAUACAGCUCUGAUCUUACCAGCAACAUACAGGCAGAUAGUAGUAGGGAGUUCAUUGGUAAUGACAGUUACACUGCCACAACUGAAAUCAUACUCAAUGGCAGAGAUGGAGAUGUGUACCAAUGUAAUGUAACUAGUGUUGAAUCAAAAACCAAACAUGUAACUGUGGAAGCUGCAGCAGCUCCAACCCUAAAAUCACUGCAGCAAACUGAUCCUACCACCGUCAGAGUGAUGUGGACCACUUCACCAGAGGCCUCAGUGACCGGAUAUAGAGUUCUCUACUCACUUCCUGGUGAAAGUCAGACUCUGACUGAUGUCAUAAACUCCACAAGUAGAGACAUCACUGGUCUCACUAAUGGAAAGACCUACACUUUCUCAGUAGAGGUUAUCAUCAGCAACAAGUUACCUGGAAUAUCUGAGGAGAUGACUAUUACAAUGGGUGAGUGGUUGCAACUAGUUCACUAUAACCAUUUUUCUCCCCUUCUCUCUAUCUCUCCACUCUAGGUCCUAGUACUCCUGAAGGUGUGGUAGCUGCUGCAGAAUCAGCCUCCGUCAGAGUGUCCUGGCAGGCAGUGGAUGACGCUGACAGCUACAUUGUCACAUUCUCCCAAACUGACCGGCAGGAAUUAUGUCCUACCGACUCUCACACCCCCAGUCUGACACUCAAUGCUCCCUACACUACUGUCGGUGUUGCUGUAGGAAGAGAUGUAGAGUUGACAGCGACUGACAUGUUGAGAGCCUACACUGCAUAUGAGGUGACUGUGGAGGCAGUCAGUAACAUUACAGGUGCCAGUCCAUCCAGUGUAAGCAAGAGUGUUGUGACUCCACAGACAGGUGCAGGAGAGGCUCCAGGGGAUGUGAGAGCAGAGGCUGAGAGCUCCACUCUCAUCUCUGUCCAGUGGAGUGGCCUCUCUAACUGUAGACUGGUCAAUGGUCGGAUUAUUGAGUACAGGGUUUGGUUGGUAACUUGUUGCACAGCUGAGACCAGAGUCCAAGAGCUGGGAGAUGGAGAAGACUGGUCUAGUGGAGGGGAGAUCUUACUGAGUGGACUGACUCCCUUUACCAACCACUCUAUAUCAGUGGCCGCCGUUAACGAGAAUGGAGACAUUGGACUCUACUCUGACCCUGUGACAAUAUUAUCACACCAGUUUAGUUGCAGUACUGAAACUGACAGCAAGCACUCAUCCGCCUCAACUGGUGUAAUUGUUGGAGUGGUGAUGGGCCUUAUCGGCCUAGCACUGGGCAUCUCUGGACUAAUUGGUGGAUCUGUUAUUGCCAGAAGACACAGACCAGAAACCAAGGGAUCAGAGAUAAACAUAAUCACAGAGCAGAACCCAGUAUAUGAUGGGAGUUAUUCCCACAAGAGUGACAAGACACCAAAAGAGACUAAGGAAUACUAUGAGGUUCCUCAGCCACAGACUGAGGAGGGUGAUUAUGACUAUAUAUGAGAGUAUCUACUGACAUUAUGCAGCCACAUGCACAGUUGCUUCUUUCCUUAUGCACAUUAAUUUUGCUGUAGUUGCAAGGUAGUUUUCGACCUUGUGUUUGAUAUUAUAAGUGGACAAUAUUUGUAAACACAAACACUGCUUAGUGCUUACCUUGCAUUGGAGAGACUGAGACUACUUUUGUGCAGAGGGUUUGCACUCCCUUUGGACGCCAUGG